AUGACGCAAUUAACGGAACUAAUAGACAGGCUGGACACAAAAACGUUUCCCGACAUGACUUUUUCCAGCAUUCGAGCCAUUGCCAACUACAUGAAUAGCCACACUACAAAUAACAAUGAUAUUGAGAAUGACCUAUCUACUCUAAACACUCAACAAAGAGACAUCCUCAUGAAAGUCCUUUACUGCUGCCUUGCAAACGACAGUCGCUACAGCGCCACAUACUUUCGAUGGCACGAAAAACUAUACGCCGCAGCAGGAAGUGGAGCCAUCAUACGCGUAAUGACAGACAGGCCAAAAGCUACUGGAGAACAAACAAACAACAAGAGGAAAUAA